UGGUUAUUGGUGUUCAUCACAGAGAUUUUUUUUUGUAGUUUGUUUUGCCGGUGAUAAUAAAGUACUGUUUUUGUAAUUAAAUCAAUCAAAGAUUCAUUUUAACGUGCAUCAGUAACAAGUAAAUCGAUUUCGUUGUAAAAAUUAAAACUAACGUCAAAAAUGAGUCGCAAAGAAGCACUAUCGUCGUUUAUUCAACAAAUUCACGGACGUCCCGUCGUCGUAAAACUUAACAGCGGAGUCGAUUAUAGAGGAGUCCUCGCCUGCCUUGAUGGGUACAUGAACAUAGCUUUAGAACAAACAGAAGAAUAUGUUAACGGACAACUCAAGAACAAAUAUGGUGAUGCUUUCAUACGAGGAAAUAACGUACUCUACAUAAGCACACAAAAGAGAAGAAUAUAGUGUUUUAUGUAAUUUUAGAAUAAGAGUCAAAUUACACUUAUUACAAAGUCACUAAAGUCUUAUUCUUCGUAAGUCCUGGACAGGCAAUUCUUUGCCAGUCCAGCCAAGUCCAUGAUGUACUAAAACUCCAAACUUAAUUUACUAUCCUCUACGACAAACAGAAAAAUCUAUAGCCUUCCUCGAUAAAUGGACUAUCCAACGCUGAAAGAUUUUUUUAAAACGGACCAGUAGUUCCUGAGGUUAGUGCGUUGAACGCAAGCAAACAAACAAAAUAUGCAUUUAUAUAUAUUAGUAUAAAAUAGAUAACACCACAAAUAUAAUUCAAAAUACGCUCUCAACUAAUUUUUCGCUGUUAAACUUAUAAAACAUUUCGCAUCGUUUCAUUCAUCGUUAUUAGGCAGGUUUCACCUCGGAAUGAAAAGGGUCUAGGCCGUAGCUGACCAAGUGUGGAUUGGUGGACUUCAAACGCGUUUGAGAACGUUAUGGAAAACUCGCUGGCAUCUAAAAACGAACUCUAUCCCCUCGUAAGAGAGCCGAAGUCCUGACUUCUUGGCUGACACAGCUUAUUACACCGCGUUUCAUUCCGCGACUCAAAAUUUUUAAUAGCCUUUAGUGCCUUAUUCAUAAAAAAAUAAGUUAUAAUAAAGUAGUUUUUUAAUAAUAAUCAAAAAAGUUUUCCUUGUCGCUUUAUAAAAUAUGUGUUGCCUGAGAGAAACAUAAAUUAAAAACAAAACGGAAAUUCGUUGAUCUGAGAUCAGAGAUGCGCAUUGACCCAAAAAACUUAAGUUAACUUUGUAUAAUAUUAUUCUGUAACUUGAAACAAAAAAAUAAAAAUUCUUACUAGUUUA